UUAUAGGAAUCCUUAAAGCAGAAGCAUCACAAAUAGAUCGACAAACCCCAACUAGGUAAAAAAAAAAAAAUCGGUGUGUGGAUGGAGGGAGAGAGAUAGUUAACGGCAUAUAAGACGGAGUUGGACGGAAAGCAAGGGUCCCCACUAGCCAACAUGAAACAGCGUUAACGAUAAAAAGCAUAGACAUUUAUAACAAACCCUUGAGAAACUUUCUGUAAUUUGGCAAAGACCAUACCAUUAUAGGAAAUGCAUCUCUCAACUUUAUCUUUCUAAUUUCCAUGCCAAGACUUAUCUAUACAGAGGGUAGGAACUAGGAAGGAAGGAGACAUAAAUCAAACAUAGUAAACUUGAAGAAAAAAAAACAACCAGGUGAAGAAAUAUAUAGCUAGGUAGGUUAUCUAUGGCUCGAGGAAAGAUCCAGAUCAAGAGAAUUGAGAACACAACUAACCGACAAGUAACUUACUCAAAACGAAGGAAUGGUCUUUUCAAGAAGGCUAAUGAGCUCACUGUUCUUUGUGAUGCUAAGGUUUCUAUUAUUAUGUUUUCCAGCACUGGCAAGCUUCAUGAAUACAUUAGCCCCUCCGCCUCAACAAAGCAGUUUUUCGAUCAGUAUCAGAUGACUGUAGGAAUUGAUCUGUGGAACUCUCAUUAUGAGAAUAUGCAAGAGAACUUGAAGAAACUGAAAGAUGUCAAUAGGAAUCUUCGCAAGGAGAUUAGGCAGAGGAUGGGGGAAUGUCUGAAUGAUCUGAGCAUGGAAGAGCUGAGGCUACUUGAAGAUGAAAUGGACAAGGCUGCCAAGGCUAUUCGUGAGCGUAAGUAUAAGGUGAUAACAAAUCAGAUUGACACCCAAAGGAAGAAGUUUAAUAAUGAGAGAGAGGUGCACAACAGACUCCUGCGUGACUUGGAUGCAAGAGCAGAAGAUCCACGUUUUGAAAUGAUGGACAAUGGAGGGGAGUAUGAGUCUGUGAUUGGAUUCUCAAAUUUAGGUCCACGCAUGUUUGCUUUGAGCUUACAGCCUACUCAUCCUAAUCCUCAUAAUGGAGGAGCAUCAGCUGCCUCGGAUCUCACCACUUACCCUUUACUUUUUUAGUUACUUUUCUCUCAGAACAACAAAUACUCCCACAAUCACUUUCCAACAAUAAUAUGAUACUAUGACUCACGUACUGUUUAAGAUAUAUAUGGCUAUGCACUCAAUCUCAUUCUGUUUUCAGUUAAUUGUAUGUAUCUUUAUAUAAACAUGAUCAUCUUAAAUAUCUUCGAUCAAAAUGCAUGUAAUGUAAUGUAUGAUUUAAAUCAUAACUGAUCAUUAAAUGUUAACCGUACUCCAGAGAUAUGAUAUGAUA